AUGCCCCGAGAGGAUAAACGGGACAAAAGACACUGGCAAGCCCGUCAACAAGACAUAGACUGCUACUGGACAGGCCGCCAAGCUUUUUUGAAUGGCCACACAGACGAUGCGCAACUACACUUUGAUCGAAUAUCGUCGCUUCACGGUCAAAAAUAUGCUAAGAAGCUCCUCGAGGACGAGCACGGUGACAUUGCUGCAGCACUAGAUAAAGUUCUAGAUGCCCCAGGGCUGCGAGCCGGAUAUUGGCCUAAGCUUAUGCACAAGGUGAUUUACAUAAAGUGUAACGAGCAGAUUAUCGCAUAUUUGGAGUUCAUAAAACAUACGUGGGACUUCAUAGCUGGUUCCGCCGCCAUCGACAUCAAAACCGUACAAGCAUUGGAAAACAAAUGUCCAAGAUAUUCAAAGGAAGAUGGGCAGAACAUAGCCACUCUGAUCGAUAGAGCCCUGAUAUUUGAACACUGUGACGCAUCCUGGCGAAAUGACUUGAAACAAAGGCUGACACAACUUCCAUUCGCUAUUCCGUCAUUAGAUUCAUUCUUUGAUGACAUUAAAGUUCUAGGGGAUUGUUCAAGAUCCAUGAGCAAUUUAUUCGAUAGGAAGAAACACGAAACAUUCACGUCGGCACUUAAGCGAACGUACUUUGGAGACGAAAAUUGUUUUCAAGAUAGGCUUGCUGAUAUGUGGCUUAUUGUAUUAAGAUUCUACUCAAAGACGCAGCCACCACCUCGUCGGGCGAAGAUACAGUUGCGAGAAAAACCCAGACACGGCUCGCCCGAUACAGUUAUUUUACAAUUCAUGUCAAUUUCAGCCCAAAAACUAGGGUUCAAAUCUGUGAAGUUGUCGAAUCUUGCAAACCCUCUGAAUGACUCCGCAGCGGAAUCUCGCCACACUAGCUUAAUCCUAGCCACUUCAUCCUCACCAAAGCUCGUCCAAGAAGAGAGUGUACCAUACAAAUUUGGUUAUCCAGAUAUACAGUCCUUCGAAAGUGAUCAAUUCUACUUGCGCUGGGACAAGUUUAAUGCCGAUGCUACUCCAGGAACCCAUAUGAGUACAUUUGGCCGGUUGAGAGGACUGUGCCUUGCAUUCUUCCGUUCUACUACCAGGCCCUAUCCCGUAUUUCCUCCAAUAGAUUCGGGAGGGAUCCAAGUUGGUUCUGUCCCGACAAAGACAGCACAGAGCCCUUGCAGAGUGAACAAUAUUGGUCAGGUAAACGAGGAGCAGUACAACGAUAUUCAGAUGUACGCUACGGAGCAAACCGUCGAGCAAGAUGAAGUAAGUAAACAAAGAAAGCGAAAGGCGGAAACAAAAGGACCCGUAUGCGUCUGCUUCAAAGAACACAAAGGCUACGAAUGGAGGGAUGUACUACAGAUCGAGGGUGCCAAUGAAGACAAAGUCCAGGGGGCAGCUGCCCAGCUAUUCCAGGACUACUAUUUGGUCCGUGCAUUUUGGAACCAUACCAUGCACAGAGUCGAACUGGGUACUAUCAAUAUACCCGAUUGUUGGAAGAGCGCACAAGAUUCGGGAAUUAAUGCUAUUUUGCUGGUUAGCAAACGAAAAGAGCUGGAUCUCGACUUUUUGUCAGAUAGAGCAGCGCACUUAUAUUCUAAAUAG